AUGAAGACUGUAAUUAAUCUGCAACUUUUCUCCCUUGAUCUUUCACUCGGAUUGAAUGAUAAUCCUACAUAUUUUCAGAGCUCUUUGGAGUUUACAAAGAGCGCUGUGCAUUCUCCUAUUGGGCGGAUUAACAUUCCAGCCAAGGAGCCGGAGGGCAGUGGCUCAGAGCGGCCGAGGGCACGCCCCUGCCCCGCCUCGUGCGGGGCCCAGAGCCCGAAGGCCGCUCCCCUCCGCGCUCGCUCCGCCCCCAGCGGGCCGGGGCGGGGACGCUGUCCCCCGGGAAACGGGACGCGCAGCUCGUCCGGGGUCGGCACCUCCGCCCAUAAGGGUCGCAUUGCGCACAGAUGCCCGCUGCCAAGUAGCAGCCGGUGGGGGACGAGCUCGCGGCUGCGCUCGGGGCGAUCGCGGGAGGAGGUGGGCGCCUCCCAGGGCGAGCGUGCGGAGGACCACCCGGGGCUGGGCAGGGGCGCGCGCAGGGUGCCAGCCAGCCCCGCGUCCCGUCUGACGUGCCCGAUGGCAGCCUCGGAGGCGCGAGGCUUCCGGGAAGACCCGACACUUCAACUAACCCCGAGCGCCGGCCUGGAGACGGUGGGCAUGAUGGAGCUGGAGGAGGAGGAGGAAGAGGAGGAGGAGGUGGCGGCGGCCAGGAGAGUGCGGAGUUUCGCCCAAGACGCGCGGGUGCGCUUCCUCGGCGGCCGCCUGGAGCAGUUGCUGGGACUCCCGGCGGAGAGAUGGAGCCAGCAUUUGGAGAGCGAGGACAAUCGGCAGGUCUUGGGGGAGUUUCUGGCGAGUCCCAGCCCCGCCUGCCUUGUGUUCAGCGUCCCCGCCGCGGGGCGGUUCGCGGCCUCCCGGGAGAUUCCAAGAGAUGUGAAACAUAAACUUGUUUAUAUUGCCAAGAAGAUGACUGAAAGCACUGGAGUAAAUGAUUUCUCUCAAACGGUUUUAUUUGGAGAGUUACCCACCUCAUCUCUUGGACAUGUAACUGCUUUCCUAGAUGAGAUUUUAGUGCCAAUUCUUUCUAAUAAGAACAACCAUAAAUCCUGGUCCUGUUUUAUUUCACAAGACAUGGAACGUCACAUAGAAGUCAUGAAAGAUAAAAUGCAUGUUUUUAGGGGCAAAAUGUUGAGAAGAACUCUUCUACCAAUUCCCACUAUUGCAGGAAAAAUUGACCUGAAUCCGAAAUAUUCAGAGACCAAGCUAGAGCCAAAUGAAAGGAGAAUACUCCAUGCAAUUGAAUCAGUGGUUAUUAAAUGGUCACAUCAAAUCCAAGAAAUUGUAGAAAAAGACUCAGUGCAGCCUUUGCUGAAUGGUCUUCCUUCGAAUCCUCAAACUGAACUGGAUUUCUGGGUGAUGAGGAGAGAGAAUCUAUCAUGCAUUUAUGAUCAACUUCAGGCUCCUAUUGUCCUCAAAAUGGUUAAGAUCCUGAAAACUAAACAAAGCAGCUAUUUUCCAACCUUGAAGGACGUUUUCCUGGCUGUGAAAAAUGCUCUCCUCGAAGCCCAAGACGUGGAACUUUACCUGAGACCCCUGAGGAGACACAUACAGUGUCUCCAGGAGACGGAAUUCCCACAGACCCGUGUGUUAAUCGCCCCGUUAUUUCAUACCAUCUGUCUGAUCUGGAGUCAUUCCAAGUUUUAUAAUACUCCUGCUCGGGUUAUAGUUUUAUUGCAAGAGUUUUGUAAUCUCUUCACUGACCAGGCAAUAGCUUACCUUUCACCUGAAGACCUUUUGAAAGGAGAAAUUGAAGACUCUCUGGAGAAGGUGCAGGUGGCCAUUAACAUCUUAAAGACUUUCAAAAAUUCUUUUUACAACUAUAGAAAAGAAUUGGCAAGCUAUUUUAUGGGAAAUAAGGAGGUGAAACCGUGGGAUUUCCAGUCUCAUCUGGUGUUUGGUAGAUUUGACAAAUUUCUUGACCGUUUCAUGAAAAUAGAGGAUAUCUUUGUCACAAUGUUGGAAUUUGAAAAGCUGGAGAGACUUGAAUUUGGUGGUACCAAAGGAACAAUUUUAAAUGGACAAAUCCACGAGAUGAGUGAAGAAUUUACGGAACUCUGUAAAGUUUUUAAACAGAGCACUUAUGACCCAUCUGAUUAUAAUAACAUGGAAUUUGAAAGUGAUUAUGUUGUGUUUAAGUCCAAAACUUUGGAUUUUGACAGAAGGCUUGGGACAAUUCUUUGUGACAGUUUCUUUAACUGCAAUGGUUUAGAAGCUGUAUUUAAGCUUUUGACCAUAUUUGGGAAUUUUCUAGAGAAACCAGUUGUCAUGGAAAUUUUCAGCCCUCAUUACAGCACACUAGUGCACAUGUUAAAUGCAGAGUUGGAUAUGUGUAAGCAAUUGUAUAAUGAACACCUGAAACAGAUUGAACACGGAAAUGUAGUUCUUAACAAGAAUAUGCCAUUUACCUCAGGAAACAUCAAAUGGGCUAAAGAGGUCCUUGAACGACUUCAAAUGUUCUGGUCAAACUUUGCAUCUCUCCAGUAUCUAUUCUUGGAAAGUCCUGAUGAUGCCUUAGUUUAUCAGAAGUAUGUUGAAAUGACAACUUUGCUAGACCAAUUUGAAAAUCGUAUCUAUAAUGAAUGGAAAAGUAAUGUGGAUGAAAUCUGUGAAUUCAAUUUGAAUCAACCCUUGGUUAAAUUCAGUGCCAUAAAUGGUCUUCUCAGUGUCAACUUUGACCCAAAGCUAGUGGCCAUAUUGAGAGAAGUGAAAUACCUUUUGAUGUUGAAGAAAUCUGACAUACCAGAUUCAGCCUUGGCUAUCUUCAAAAAAAGAAACACUAUUUUAAAGUACAUUGGAAAUCUUGAACUUCUUGUGCAAGGAUAUAAUAAGCUGAAACAGACUCUUCUGGAAGUUGAAUACCCUCUGAUUGAAGAUGAGCUGAGAGCUGUGGAUGAGCAACUACAAGCAGCCGCGACAUCACUGACAUGGCAGGAUGACUGCUGGGGUUACAUCGAGAAGGUGAAAACGGCCACCUCUGAGUUGGAGCGCAGAGUUGAGCGCACACAGAACAAUGUUACAGUGAUCCAGCACAUGAUGAGGGCGUGGGCCGAGUGUACGCUGCUUCCCAGGAGAGAGCACAGGAGGGAGGCUGCCUUUACUUUGGAGGACAAGGGUGAUUUGUUUACUAAAAAAUACAAGCUAAUUCAAGAAGAUGGCUGCAAGAUACACAAUUUGGUAGAGGAAAAUAGGAAGCUCUUCAAAGCCAAUCCUUCUCUGGAUACCUGGAAGAUUUAUGUGGAAUUCAUUGAUGACAUCGUGGUAGAAGGCUUUUUUCAAGCUAUAAUGCAUGACUUGGACUUCUUUCUGAUGAAUACGGAGAAACAAUUGAAACCUGCACCAUUUUUUCAAGCACAAAUGUUCUUAAUGCCCCCUGAGAUCCUGUUUAAACCUUCUUUAGAGAGAGAGGCUGGGGAUGGCUUCUAUGACCUGGUAGAAGAAAUGCUAUGCGGUAGUUUUAGAAUGUCUGCCCAGAUGAAGCGAGUAGCAGCACAUCUGGAAAUAGAAAAUUAUCAGGGUGAUAUGGAUAACAUGUUAGGCCUGGCGGAGGUCAGGCAGGAGAUAAUGAACAGAGUGGCAGAUGUCAUAAACAAAGUCUUGGACUUCAGAAAUACCCUGGACACGUACGCUUACCUCUGGGUGGAUGAUCGAACUGAGUUUAUGAAGCAUUUUCUCCUCUAUGGCCCAACUCUGUCAUCUGAGGAAAUGGAUGCUCAUGCAAAUGAAGAAAUCCCUGAACAACCACCAACUCUGGAACAAUUCAAAGAACAGAUUGACAUUUAUGAGGCUUUGUAUGUUCAGAUGAGCAAGUUUGAUGACUUCAGAGUGUUUGAUAGUUGGUUCAAGGUGGACAUGAAGCCUUUCAAAGUGAGCCUGCUAAACAUUAUUAAGAAAUGGAGCUGGAUGUUUCAGGAGUAUCUUUUGAGAUUUGUCAUUGACAGUCUGAAUGAGCUACAAGAAUUUAUAAAGGAGACAGAUGCUGGACUUCAGAGAGAAUUAAGUAAAGCCGACCACAAUGGUUUAGUUGACAUCAUGGGGCAUCUUCUGGCGGUAAGAAGCCGACAGAGAACUACUGAUGAACUCUUUGAACCACUAAAAGAAACCAUCACGCUCUUGGAAACCUAUGGCCAGAAGAUGCCUGAGCAGGUCUAUGCUCAGCUAGAGGAGUUACCUGAAAGAUGGGAAACUACCAAGAAGAUUGCGGCAACUGUCAGACAUGAAGUUUCACCUCUCCAAAAUGCAGAAGUCACUCUUAUAAGGAGAAAAUGUAUUUUGUUUGAUGGGAAGCAGGCAGAGUUCAGAGAGAGAUUCAGACUCUAUGCUCCUCUUGAUUUUAAUGCAGAAAAUCCAUACACGGUGCUUGAUAAGGCAAAUCAAGAGCUUGAGGCAUUAGAAGAAGAAAUGUUGCAGAUGCAGGAAUCUACUCAUCUUUUUGAAGUGGCUCUUCCAGAGUACAAACAAAUGAAGCAGUGUCGCAAAGAAAUAAAAUUGCUCAAGGGACUCUGGGAUGUCAUUAUUUAUGUUAGAAGAAGCAUUGAUAAUUGGACUAAAACCCAGUGGAGACAGAUUAAUGUGGAACAGAUGGAUGUAGAGCUCAGAAGGUUUGCCAAGGAAAUAUGGUCACUAGACAAGGAAGUCCGUGUCUGGGAUGCUUAUGCUGGCCUGGAAGGCACAGUGAGGGACAUGACGACCUCCCUGAGAGCCAUCGCAGAGUUACAGAGCCCAGCCCUCAGAGACAGGCAUUGGCACCAGCUGAUGAGGGCUGUUGGGGUCAAAUUUUCAAUAAACGAAGCCACAACUUUGGCAGAUUUGUUAGCAUUGCGGUUGCACCAAGUGGAAGAUGACGUCCGAAGCAUUGUGGACAAAGCAGUGAAAGAACUGGGGACUGAAAAGGUUAUUACUGAAAUCAGUCAGACCUGGGCGACCAUGGAGUUCUCUUAUGAAGUUCACUAUCGGACAGGCAUUCCAUUACUAAAGUCUGAUGAGCAACUUUUUGAAACUCUAGAGCACAACCAAGUUCAGUUGCAGACUUUGCUUCAAAGCAAGCAUGUGGAAUAUUUCAUUGAGCAAGUCCUAAGCUGGCAAAAUAAAUUAAACAUAGCAGACUCAGUCAUCUUUACUUGGAUGGAACUCCAGCGAACUUGGUCUCACCUGGAAAGCAUCUUUGUUAGUUCAGAAGAUAUUCGAAUCCAGCUUGUAAAAGAUGCUAGAAGAUUCAAUGGAGUAGAUGCUGAAUUUAAGGAGUUAAUGUUCAAGACAGCUAAAAUAAAAAAUGUUAUAGAAGCAACAUGCAGACCUAAUCUCUAUGAAAAACUUAAAGAUUUACAGUACAGGCUUUCUCUUUGCGAAAAAGCUCUUGCUGAAUACCUGGAAACCAAGCGUGUGGCUUUUCCACGCUUCUAUUUCAUCUCUUCCGCAGACUUACUUGACAUUCUCUCAAAGGGAGCUCAGCCUAAACAGGUAACACGGCAUCUUGCGAAACUCUUUGACAGCAUCGCAGAUCUGCAGUUUGAAGAGGAUCAGGAUGUUCCUGCACACAGAGCGAUUGGAAUGUACAGCAAAGAAAAGGAAUAUGUCUCAUUCCAAGCUGACUGUGAAUGCACAGGCCAUGUAGAAACGUGGCUUCUGCAACUUGAACAGACCAUGCAGGAAACAGUGCGACGUUCUAUCACAGAAGCCAUAGCGGCCUACGAGGAAAAACCUAGGGAACUGUGGAUUUUUGAUUUCCCCGCUCAAGUUGCACUAACUAGCUCACAAAUCUGGUGGACGACGGAUGUAGGAAUAGCCUUCAGCAGACUGGAGGAAGGCUACGAAACGGCCCUAAAGGAUUUCCAUAAAAAACAGAUUUCUCAGUUGAAUACACUGAUUGCACUUUUGCUGGGAGAACUUCCACCUGGAGACAGGCAGAAGAUCAUGACAAUUUGUACCAUAGAUGUCCAUGCCAGAGAUGUGGUGGCAAAACUUAUUUCUCAGAAGGUUGUCAGUCCCCAAGCUUUUGCUUGGCUGUCUCAACUUCGUCACCAGUGGGAGGACACCCAGAAACACUGCUUUGUUAAUAUUUGUGAUGCCCAGUUCCAGUACUUCUAUGAAUAUUUAGGGAACAGUCCUCGACUAGUGAUCACUCCUCUGACUGACAGGUGUUACAUUACUUUAACUCAAUCACUUCAUCUAACCAUGAGUGGGGCUCCAGCUGGCCCAGCCGGUACAGGGAAAACGGAAACCACCAAAGAUCUUGGACGUGCGCUUGGCAUGAUGGUUUAUGUAUUCAACUGUUCAGAGCAAAUGGACUACAAAUCCAUAGGCAAUAUCUAUAAGGGAUUGGUGCAGACAGGAGCUUGGGGGUGCUUUGAUGAAUUCAAUCGAAUUUCUGUGGAAGUUCUGUCAGUGGUGGCAGUACAGGUUAAAAUGAUUCAUGAUGCCAUCAGAAACAGGAAAAAGAGAUUUGUAUUUCUUGGGGAAGCUAUCACACUGAAGCCAUCAGUUGGAAUAUUUAUUACUAUGAACCCAGGAUAUGCUGGUCGAACCGAACUACCGGAAAAUCUCAAAGCUCUUUUCAGACCCUGUGCCAUGGUGGCCCCUGACAUCGAGCUAAUCUGUGAAAUCAUGUUAGUUGCUGAAGGUUUUGUGGACGCGCGCUCAUUAGCCCGGAAGUUCAUUACAUUGUACACGCUCUGCAGGGAGCUCCUCUCCAGGCAGGAUCACUAUGAUUGGGGACUUCGUGCUAUUAAGUCUGUCUUGGUUGUAGCUGGCUCCCUCAAACGAGGAGAUAAAAACAGACCUGAAGAUCAGGUUCUCAUGAGAGCAUUAAGGGACUUCAAUAUGCCUAAAAUAGUGACCGAUGAUGUCCCUGUGUUUUUGGGACUGGUUGGUGACCUGUUCCCAGCCCUGGAUGUGCCCCGGAGGAGGGCACCACACUUUGAACAGAUGGUCAGGCAGUCCACGCUGGAGCUCCGCCUGCAGCCCGAGGAGAGCUUCAUCCUCAAAGUUGUCCAGCUUGAGGAGCUGCUGGCCAUACGGCACUCUGUCUUCGUGGUUGGAAAUGCAGGCACAGGAAAGAGUAAGAUUUUGAGAACACUGAACCGAACAUAUGUUAACAUGAAACAAAAACCCAUUUGGAAUGACUUAAACCCUAAAGCUGUGACAACAGAUGAACUCUUUGGUUUCAUACAUCAUGCUACCCGAGAAUGGAAAGAUGGUCUCUUCUCAUCCAUUCUACGAGAACAAGCAAAUCUCACGCAUGAUGGACCAAAAUGGAUAGUCCUGGAUGGCGAUAUUGAUCCCAUGUGGAUUGAGUCACUAAAUACUGUCAUGGAUGAUAACAAGGUGCUGACCUUGGCCAGCCAUGAGCGUGUGGCCCUUACUCCCUCCAUGAGGCUGCUCUUUGAGAUUCAUCACUUACGGACAGCAACCCCGGCCACUGUUUCCAGAGCUGGGAUUCUGUAUGUGAACCCACAAGAUUUGGGCUGGAAUCCGUAUGUGGCCAGUUGGAUAGACAGAAGGCAGCAUCAAUCAGAAAAGGCCAAUUUAACAAUUCUUUUUGAUAAAUAUGUUCCUGCGUGCUUGGAUAAGCUGAGAACAAGCUUUAAAACCAUCACUUCGGUUCCAGAGAACAGCCUGGUGCAGACUAUUUGUGCUCUUCUGGAAUGCUUGUUGACUCCUGAAAAUGUACCUUCUGACAGCCCCAAAGAAGUUUAUGAAGUCUAUUUCGUCUUUGCUUGUAUCUGGGCAUUUGGAGGCACUCUGCUACAAGACCAGCUUUCUGGUUAUCAAGCGGACUUCAGCCGGUGGUGGCAUAAAGAGAUGAAAGCAGUGAAGUUUCCAUCCCAGGGAACAAUCUUUGAUUAUUAUCUGGACCACAAAACUAAGAAAUUUUUGCCUUGGGCUGAUAAAAUCCCCAGAUUUACUAUGGACCCAGAUGCACCUCUGCAGAGAGUUCUGGUUCACACCUCAGAGACAACUCGUCUUAGAUAUUUCGUAGAGUUGUUGCUUGAGAAAGGACAGCCGCUAAUGCUAGUAGGAAAUGCUGGAGUGGGAAAAACAGUCUUCGUAGGCGACACACUGGCAAGUCUCUCUGAGGAUUACACAGUGUCCCGGGUGCCUUUCAACUACUACACAACGUCUGCAGCUCUGCAAAGAAUUCUUGAGAAACCUCUAGAGAAAAAAGCUGGUCGUAACUAUGGUCCAGGAGGAAAUAAAAAAUUGGUUUAUUUUAUCGAUGACAUGAAUAUGCCUGAAGUGGACUUAUAUGGCACUGUUCAGCCUCACACUCUAAUUCGACAGCAUAUCGAUUAUGGACACUGGUAUGAUCGACAGAAGAUGAUGCUUAGAGAGAUCCACAGCUGUCAGUAUGUCGCCUGCAUGAAUCCGAUGGUGGGCAGUUUCACCAUCAAUCCUAGACUGCAGAGACAUUUCACAGUGUUUGCAUUCAACUUUCCAUCCUUGGAUGCACUAAACACCAUCUAUAGCCAAAUCCUUAGUUUCCAUUUCCAGCAGCAAGCAUUUGGUCCGUCAGUUCUCAGGAGUGGCCCCACUUUGAUCCAGGCAGCAGUCACAUUCCAUCAGAUGAUGACACGUUACUUUUUACCCACAGCUAUUAAAUUCCACUACCUCUUUAAUCUGAGAGACCUGUCAAACGUCUUCCAGGGGAUUUUAUUUGCUUCUCCUGAAUGUUUAAAGGGUCCAAGAGAUUUAAUACACCUGUGGCUUCAUGAAUCUUCUCGUGUUUAUGGAGACAAACUGAUAGACACAAAGGAUAUGGAUUUGUUUCAGAAAAAAUUGCUGGAAACUGCUAAUAAAUAUUUCGAAGGUGUAGACAGUCAUAUGCUGCUUCAGCAGCCCCUCAUCUAUUGCCAUUUUGCUAAUGGCAGGGAAGACCCCUGUUACAUGCCUGUGAAGGACUGGGAGGUGCUGAAGACGAUUCUAACAGAAACAUUAGACAACUACAAUGAACUAAAUGCUGCCAUGCCCCUCGUUUUAUUUGAAGAUGCCAUGCAACACGUAUGUCGCAUCAGCCGAAUCCUCCGGACCCCUCAGGGUUACGCCUUCUUGAUCGGAGUGGGCGGCAGCGGCAAGCAGAGCUUGUCACGACUGGCAGCUUACAUUUGCAGCCUUGAGGUCUUCCAGAUCACUCUGACGGAAGGCUUUGGAAUCCAGGAACUUCGGGUAGAUCUUGCCAAUUUGUACAUCAGAACCGGAGCCAAGAACAUGCCCACUGUGUUCCUGCUGACAGAUGCCCAGGUUCUAGAUGAGAGCUUUCUCGUGCUGAUUAAUGACUUGCUGGCGUCAGGAGAAAUCCCAGAUCUGUUCAGUGAUGAAGAUGUAGACAAGAUAAUUUCUGGAAUUCGUAAUGAAGUUCGUGGUCUGGGCGUGGUGGACUCCAGAGAAAAUUGUUGGAAAUUCUUUUUGGCCAGAGUGCGACUGCAGCUCAAAAUCAUUUUGUGUUUCUCUCCGGUUGGUCACACGCUGAGAGUGAGAGCUCGGAAGUUCCCAGCCCUAGUUAACUGCACGGCUAUUGACUGGUUUCAUGCGUGGCCGCAGGAGGCUCUGGUCUCAGUCAGCAGGAGGUUCAUUGAGGAAACCAAGGGAAUUGAGCCACUGGACAAAGAUUCUAUUAGCCUUUUCAUGGCACACGUUCACACUAGUGUAAAUGAAAUGAGUACCAGGUAUUACCAGAACGAGAGAAGACACAACUAUACCACCCCAAAGAGUUUUCUAGAACAAAUAUCACUGUUUAAGAACCUGUUGAAGAAGAAACAAAAGGAGGUAUCCCAGAAGAAAGAGCACUUGGUGAAUGGCAUCCAGAAACUAAAAACCACAGCCUCUCAGGUGGGAGAUCUAAAAGCCAGACUUGCCUCUCAAGAAGCCGAGUUGCAACUGAGAAAUCGUGAUGCUGAGGCUCUGAUCACAAAGAUCGGGCUUCAGACAGAGAAAGUGAGCCGGGAAAAGGCCAUCGCCGAUGCCGAGGAGCAAAAGGUGACAGCCAUUCAGACUGAAGUGUCCCAGAAACAGAGAGAGUGUGAGGCUGACUUGCUCAAGGCUGAACCUGCGCUGGUGGCUGCGACAGCUGCGCUCAACACGCUCAACAGGGUCAAUCUCACUGAGCUGAAAGCCUUUCCCAACCCUCCGAAUGCAGUUACCAAUGUUACUGCGGCCGUGAUGGUCCUUCUGGCUCCCCGGGGCAGAGUGCCAAAGGACCGAAGUUGGAAAGCAGCUAAAGUCUUCAUGGGAAAGGUUGAUGAUUUUUUGCAAGCAUUAAUUAACUAUGACAAAGAGCACAUUCCAGAGAACUGUCUAAAAGUGGUGAAUGAACAGUAUUUGAAAGACCCGGAGUUCAAUCCAAACCUGAUUCGGACCAAAUCUUUUGCAGCAGCUGGUCUCUGUGCCUGGGUCAUCAACAUGGUUAAAUUCUAUGAGGUCUACUGUGACGUGGAGCCAAAACGCCAAGCAUUAGCCCAAGCAAACAUAGAAUUGGCUGCAGCUACUGAAAAACUAGAGGCUAUCAGGAAAAAGCUUGAGGAUUUGGAUCGAAAUCUGAGUAGACUCACAGCUUCAUUUGAAAAAGCAAUAGCUGAGAAAGUUCGAUGUCAAGAAGAGGUGAACCAAACCAACAAAACUAUUGAACUAGCUAACAGACUUGUCAAGGAACUUGAGGCAAAGAAGAUUCGCUGGGGUCAGUCUAUUAAAUCCUUUGAAGCUCAAGAGAAGACACUCUGUGGAGAUGUUCUCCUUACAGCAGCAUUUGUGUCUUAUGUUGGAUCCUUUACAAAACAGUAUCGCCAGGAACUGGUAGACUGCAAGUGGGUUCCCUUUCUUCAAAGGAAGGUUUCCAUCCCAGUAACUGAAGGCCUGGACUUGAUUGCCAUGUUGACGGAUGAUGCUACAAUUGCCACCUGGAAUAACGAAGGACUGCCCAGUGACAGAAUGUCAAUCGAAAACGCCACUAUCCUAACACACUGUGAGCGCUGGCCCCUCAUGAUAGAUCCCCAGCAACAGGGAAUUAAGUGGAUCAAGAAUAAGUAUGGAACUGACCUGAAAGUCACACAUUUGGGCCAGAAAGGGUUUUUGAAUACCAUUGAAACUGCCUUGGCCUUUGGAGAUGUCAUCUUAAUUGAAAACCUUGAGGAAACAAUAGAUCCGGUCCUUGAUCCACUGCUUGGUAGGAACACGAUUAAAAAAGGGAAGUAUAUCAGGAUUGGAGAUAAAGAAUGUGAAUUUAACAAGAACUUUCGCCUUAUCCUUCACACAAAACUGGCAAAUCCUCACUAUAAGCCAGAAUUGCAAGCUCAGACAACCCUCCUCAAUUUCACGGUCACAGAAGAUGGUUUAGAAGCCCAGCUGCUGGCAGAGGUGGUCAGUAUUGAAAGGCCAGAUCUGGAGAAACUUAAGUUGGUUUUGACAAAGCACCAAAAUGACUUUAAGAUAGAGCUGAAGUAUCUGGAGGAUGACCUCCUUCUGCGCCUCUCUGUGGCAGAGGGGAGCUUUCUAGAUGACACCAAACUGGUGGAGAGACUGGAGAUGACAAAGGCGACUGCGGCAGAGAUAGAGCGCAAGGUGAUUGAAGCUAAAGAAAAUGAAAGAAAAAUCAAUGAGGCCCGAGAAUGUUACAGACCAGUGGCAGCGAGAGCAUCACUUCUUUAUUUUGUUAUUAAUGAUCUCAGAAAAAUCAACCCCAUCUAUCAAUUCUCUUUGAAGGCUUUCAACGUGCUGUUCCACAGAGCAAUUGCACAGGCUGACAAGGUGGAGGACAUGCAGGGGCGCAUCUCAGUCCUGACGGAGAGCAUAACCCACGCCAUCUUCCUCUACACCAGCCAGGCGCUGUUUGAGAAGGACAAGCUCACCUUCCUGUCCCAGAUGGCUUUUCAGAUUUUGUUGAGAAAGAAAGAGAUAGACCCUCUUGAAUUGGAUUUCCUGCUUCGAUUCACGGUUGAACACACUUACCUGAGCCCUGUUGACUUCCUAACUACUCAGUCAUGGAGUGCUAUAAAGGCAGUAGCCCUUAUGGAAGAAUUUCGAGGCAUAGACCGAGAUGUGGAAGGAUCUGCCAAGCAGUGGAGGAAGUGGGUAGAAUCUGAGUGUCCAGAAAAAGAAAAGUUACCGCAAGAAUGGAAGAAGAAAAAUUUAAUACAGAAGCUGAUUAUUUUGAGAGCCAUGCGCCCCGACAGAAUGACAUACGCUCUCAGGAAUUUUGUGCAGGAAAAACUGGGUGCAAAGUAUGUGGAGAGGACCAGAUUGGAUUUAGUUAAAGCAUUUGAAGAAAGCAGCCCAGCUGCCCCAGUAUUCUUCAUCCUCUCUCCAGGAGUAGAUGCCCUUAAAGACCUAGAGAUCCUUGGCAAAAGACUUGGGUUUACAAUCGACUCCGGAAAAUUCCACAACGUGUCUUUAGGACAAGGUCAGGAGACGGUGGCAGAAAUGGCACUGGAGAAAGCUUCCAAAGGAGGACACUGGGUCAUACUCCAAAAUGUCCAUUUGGUAGCCAAGUGGCUAGGAACCUUGGAGAAGCUCCUUGAAAGAUUCAGCCAAGGAAGCCACAGAGAUUACAGGGUUUUCAUGAGUGCCGAGUCUGCACCCACACCAAAUGAACAUAUCAUCCCUCAAGGACUCCUGGAAAAUUCCAUUAAGAUUACUAAUGAACCCCCCACAGGAAUGCUGGCCAAUCUGCAUGCUGCCCUCUACAACUUUGAUCAGGAUACACUUGAAGUAUGUUCCAAGGAGCAGGAGUUUAAAAGCAUCCUCUUUUCUCUGUGCUACUUCCAUGCCUGCGUUGCUGGGAGACUGAGGUUUGGCCCCCAGGGCUGGAGCCGCAGCUAUCCCUUCAAUACCGGAGACCUCACCAUUUGUGCCAAUGUCCUCUACAACUACUUAGAGGCAAACCCUAACGUCCCAUGGGAAGACCUCCAUUAUCUCUUUGGUGAGAUCAUGUAUGGGGGCCACAUCACAGAUGAUUGGGAUCGCAAACUGUGUCGGGUGUAUUUAGAAGAAUUCAUGAAUCCAUCUCUGACUGAAGAUGAACUCAUGCUGGCACCAGGAUUUGCAGCUCCGCCCAAUCUAGAUUAUUCAGGCUACCACCAGUACAUAGAGGAGAUGCUCCCUCCAGAAAGCCCAGCACUGUAUGGCCUCCACCCAAACGCUGAAAUAGAAUUCCUGACAGUGAUGUCCAACACCCUCUUCAGAACUUUGCUGGAGACGCAGCCCAGGAACGCACUCAGCAGUGAGGAGCCGGGGCAGGCCACGGAAGACAAGGUUAAGAAUAUCUUGGAUGACAUUUUGGAGAAACUUCCGGAAGAGUUCAACAUGGCAGAGAUAAUGCAAAAAAACUCAAAUAGAAGCCCCUAUGUUCUUGUUUGCUUCCAAGAAUGUGAGAGGAUGAAUAUUCUCCUUCGGGAAAUGCAUGCGUCACUUCAACAAUUCGACCUUGGUUUGAAGGGGGAGCUGACGUUAUCUCCUGACAUGGAAGCCCAGCAGUCUGCCUUGAGUUAUGACAUCGUACCAGACACUUGGAGCAAACUGGCUUACCCAUCUACUUACGGCCUGGCCCAGUGGUUUAAUGACCUCCUCUUGCGAUGCCGAGAACUCGAUACCUGGACACAAGAUCUCACCCUUCCGGCUGUGGUGUGGCUUUCUGGCUUCUUCAAUCCUCAGUCCUUCUUAACUGCAAUCAUGCAGACCAUAGCUCGAAAAAAUGAGUGGCCACUGGAUAAAAUGUGCUUGACUGUUGAUGUUACCAAAAAAACAAAGGAAGAUUAUGGCCAUCCCCCAAGGGAAGGUGCAUAUCUCCACGGGCUCCUCAUGGAAGGUGCCAGAUGGGACAGCCAGUCAGGAACCAUCGUUGAAGCCCGCCUCAAGGAGUUAACAUCUGUGAUGCCCGUCAUCUUUGUAAAAGCCAUACCCACAGACAGACAGGAAACAACACAGACCUAUGAGUGCCCUGUGUACAGAACCAAAAUGAGGGGCCCCAACUACGUCUGGACCUUCAGGUUGAAGAGCAAAGAGAAGACGGCCAAAUGGGUUCUAGCAGGUGUGGCUCUGCUGCUAGAAGCAUAAAAGGGCCCUUGUGCUAGGACUCACAUUCUUCCAGCCUCAGCCGGAACACAGUGAAGAUUUUUCAUUGUGUCACUGCACUGUUCCCAUGCAUGUUAACUUAUUC